UAGCUCAGGCCCGGGGGCGGGAGCCGGACUGCCCGCGCAGCCUGUGCCGGGGAGCUGCCAACUCCGGAGCCCCUCAUGGGACACCCCCAGGGGCUCUGUUCGUGCCCUGCCGCUCAGUCCCAGUCCUAGGCGCCCGGGCUCACAGCCCGCCCACCCGCAGCCCGCGGCCUGACUGGACAGGAGUAUGAGGCCCGGGGCCCCGCGGACGCCGGCCACUGGGCUGCAGGGGCCUAGCUGCAGACCCCCGCGCCCGAGGGCGGCGAGUGGAGAGCCGUGGGAGCCGGCGAGGCGUCGGGGCGCGGAGAGAAGCGCCCCAGCCCGGGCGCUGAAAGGGCCGCGGGAGCCGUGUGCGGCCUGAGCGCCGAGUAGGAGGUGGAGGCGCCCCGCCGUUCGGGGGAGGCGGUGAGGGGCUCCGCGGCGCCCCUGACCACUGGCCACCAUCCUCACGUUUCUGCUCCCGCGGGGGGGAUGUCGCGGCCCGGGCCACGAGCGCCGCCCCGGCCCCGGGGCUGAGCUCCGGACCAUGUCCUCCCGCAGCCCCCGGCCCCCGCCCCGCCGCUGCCGCCGCCGCCUGCCGCGCCCCUCCUGCUGUUGCUGCUGCUGCCGCCGCUCGCACCUCAACGAGGACACGGGGCGCUUCGUGCUACUGGCGGCGCUCAUCGGCCUCUACCUGGUGGCGGGAGCCACAGUCUUCUCGGCGCUGGAGAGCCCGGGCGAGGCGGAGGCGCGGGCGCGCUGGGGCGCCACGCUGCGCAACUUCAGCGCGGCGCACGGAGUGGCCGAGCCGGAGCUGCGCGCCUUCCUCCGACACUACGAGGCCGCGCUGGCCGCCGGCGUCCGAGCCGACGCGCUGCGCCCGCGCUGGGACUUCCCCGGCGCCUUCUACUUCGUGGGCACCGUGGUAUCCACUAUAGUGGCAUUCGGUGCGGGAAGUGACCAGAGGAGCCCAUUCCUGGUGCUGACCCAGCGGUGACUCGCCUGGCGGUGCAGCCAAAUGGGGAGAACCCUCACCCAGGCGCUGGGCAGGCCCGGGCCGCCGGCGCUCCCGCGCUCGCCAGCUCCGGUACUGAACCUCUGGACGACUCAGUUUUUUCCUCUGUAAAAGGACCUGUGAGCGUAUG